UAUGAAAAUUGGGUACUUUUUCCACCACUCCGGAAGUGUAAAGGAAAUGUAGUUUCAUCAGCUGGAAGCACCCAUAGCUAUAUGGAUCUUUGCAAAACUGCUACAGUAAGUGUAUCUUUUUUAUUUGAAUGAUUAUUUUUCGUUGAUGAAAGAUAAGGGCCAUAUGUUUCGAAAGCCGUAUCGCAAGCAGUGAUUAUUGACGUUUCUAAACGUUAAAACACAGCUUCGUCAGGAUUGUAGUUCACAUGAGGCAGUCGUGGGUGAAGGUAAAUGGCUGAGAACUUUAGGGAGAAGGCAGGAUGCCGCCUAGAGUUUUCGCCAGCUACUGUUCCUGAAGACCUCCAGCAUGGAAAUGAAGCACACGGACACCGAGAAUGUUGUCUCUGUACGCUGUUUAGCGAGAGAGACGUGCAAACCCAAGACAUUCACCCCAGAUGAGGUACUGGUACCUAAGCCCAGCUUCAAAAAGAAAAGAAAGAUACAACCUGGAGGUCUAUCGACAUAUGAAUUGGAACGGUUGGAAAAUAUCAGACAAAACCAAGAGUUCCUGACCUCCAUAAAACUGCUUGAGGCCAAGCAGGAUUUGAAACCAGAAACAACACAGAGAGGUCUCAAGAGACAGAAACUAAGUAAGGUACCCCGGACAGAAAUACUGCCUCCUCGCACCAAGUCUGUGAGAAUCCAGAAGAUAGAAGCCGAGAAGCCGCCCCCGGAACCACGCAGGACUUAUUAUAAAACUGAACGUGUGAACCGGGCCAGGAAGCCAGAGGGGCCCAUCAAUAUGGAGCCAGUCAACAUGGAGGAGGAUAGUUCACUACCACCUGAGCUUCUCAAGCUGUGGACUGAGGAUUCAAUCAAAGAAGAAAAGGAGGAGUUGGAUCUCAAAGAGUACCGUAAUACUCUGAAGAGCAUGGAGCUGAGUGAGAUUGGAGGAGUAGCUAAGGUGGUGAAGUGUCGUAUCUUCUCUGCUGCCUUCCACCCGUGUAGCAGUCGUCUGCUCAUGGCUGCUGGGGACAAGUGGGGAGGAGUGGGGCUGUGGAACCUCGACUCUGAUAUGGGUGACGACGGCGUGCUGCUGUUUGAGCCACACGUCCGGCCGGUGGCCUGCAUGGCGUUCUCCAGGUCACAUCCUACAGACCUGUUGACCCUCAGCUACGACGGGACACUACGGAGCACAGACGUGGAGAAAGCCAUUUUUGAUGAGGUGUAUCGGAUCAAGGAUGGCUUGAGAACCUUUGACUUCCUGUCACAUGACUGUUCGACGUUAGUCACCGGGGACUGGUAUGGAGACGUUGCCAUCGUUGACAGGCGGACUCCAGGAACCUCUCAUGAGUCCCUCCAUAGCCUGGAUACCAAGACGGUUCGCUGUGUUCACGUCCACCCUGUUCAGAAGCAGUACAUCAUGGUCGCUGAGAACAGUAUUGUGAGCAUUUACGAUGCUCGAUGUUUGAAGGCGUCGUCGAGCGAGCCAGUCUCCCAGCUCUAUGGUCACUCAAAGAGCAUCUCAAGUGCCUACUUCUCUCCUGGCACUGGUAACAGAGUAGUGACCACCUGCCUAGACGACAACAUCAGGAUUUACGAUACCUCGGAACUGACCUCCAGAGCUCCGCUACUGACCUCCAUCCAACAUGACAUGGAAACGGGGCAUUCGCUGUCCAACCUGCAGGCGGUGUGGGACCCCAAGAGGGACGACUGCUUCGUUGUGGGCAGCAUGCAUCAGCCUUGCAGAGUCCAGGUGUUCCAUGAGAGUGGGAAGCUCCAGCACUCCUUCCAGGACCCAGAGAUCACCACGGUGCUCUCCGUCACAGCCUUCCACCCCACCAGGAACGCUCUACUGGGGGGUAACGCCUCCGGACGACUGUACGUCUUCACCGACUGAGAGGAGGAACCUGGGCCAGUGUUCACAAAGCAUCUCAGAGUAAGAGGGCUGAUCUAGGAUCAGGUACCCACCCUCUUAUUCAUUAUGAUCUGAAAGGCUCAACUGAUCGUAGAUCAGCACUCUUACUCUAAAAUGCUUUAUCAAUACGGGCCCAGAACAUAUGCUUAGAAUAGACCAAAAUAAGUGGUUGUUUUUUAUGUUCAUCUGCAAGCUGCCUUUGCUGUAGUUACACAUGAUUGAAAAAAAUAAUACAUGAUCAAUUUGUUGAUAUUUUGUUAGUAAAUAAAGUUAUAGCUGAA